UCUUCCUUUUCGCGCGCUCCCUCGAGCUUACCUUUAGCCUUGUGCUAGACAACUUGCCGCUUGAGGCCCGCCAAUCCUACCACCUACCUCAACACUCUCGACGCUGACGGUAGCUUCACAUUUAUUCACACUCUCUCCAUCAUGGUGAUGAGACCAACCUCGCCAUCCAGCCUCGUGCCGGCGCCUCUAUCGCAAGCUUCUAAUAACCCUCCAUACCCCGUAUCACCAACCGACGAGCACCCCCCGCCUUUUCCUCCGCCCGCAAACCAACAACAGGUGUACUCCCCGGACUUGAAUAGCUCACCAGCAUUCCGACUCAAACCUCGCGACGAUGUACAGCAGGAACAGCAGCAGCAGAAAUUGCAACAACAAAAGCCACAAGAUCAGUUAAAGAAGGACAACGAUGACGAUUCUGACUACAGCGAUCUUUCGGACUGGGACAAGUCCGACGAUGAGCCUGAGGAUAUACCAAAUCCACUGAAGAUUGGCGGAGGGAAACCACUUCCACCUUCCGCAAACAAGGGCGCCCUACCAGACGCUCUCAGAGCAGGUCCUCCUGCUGGAGUUCCCAUACCGAAAUCCACGCAGUCAAUUACUCCAGAACCCACGGGCGCAACGUCGACUUCAUGGGGCCAUGUGAGCAACAGCUCCACAGGCUCUGUACCUUUCCAAACCAACAACCCAUAUCUUCGUAUGCAGCCUACGGGCCAAACGAAUUUUGGCGAUGAGAGUAGCCAAUCUAUCUGGGGUGACGCGCCUAGCCAAGCUCAGACAUAUGGAGAGCUCGUUGAGCUUCCUACAUUCCAAACCCCGGAUACACCAACAAAUCCCAUGAUGAAAUCCUCUCCCUACGAUGUUAAUCCUACAUCUUCGCAUCAUGAACUACCCCAAGAGCCACAGCACACCCCUCCACCGCCACCGGCGGAACCUCACUAUGCACCUCCACAGCCACCCACUCAACAAUUGCAGUCUGACCCGCGGCCGCAAGCACAGCGUCAACAGUCGCUUGAUCAGCCUCCUUUGAUUGCUGUAGAAGCUGCAACACCGUUGUCGGCCCAUCCCAAGACCGAUUUGGGCAUGUCAGGAGCUGGCAAUACUGGCAUUUACAAUUCAUCUCUAGAUACACACGAAAGAACGAACGAUCCGCCUGCCAAUUAUUAUCAGGAACCGCCUAAACAGACAUGGCAGGAACCAGAAGCUUGGAGCAAUAACGAGAUCGAACCCCGUCGAGAUAAUACCACGGCCGCUCCCGCUCCCAAUGCAGCCUUUGGGGCAGAGCAAGGGCGUCACCAAGAGGAAGGACGGUUCCCGGCACAACAACCCCCAAGUUUUACGCCAAGUUCGACCAUGCCAUUCGAUGAAGAACCAGCGCCAGCUCUUCCUGUUCGACCUCCACCUCAAGAGCAAGAAGAGCAACCCCCGGCCAUGCCGCCUCGCCCUACAAAUACGGAGCAGACUACGUCUAGCUCUGCGCUUGACGAGCAGAGAAGGGAGCAUUAUCAAAUUAAACAUAUUCGAUGGUUUGACGCUUCUUCCCACAGCGUCCGCACCUCGCCGAUAUUAACUCAAAACAUCAACGGGCCAUGUCCUUUGCUCGCAUUAGUCAAUGCAUUAAGUCUUUCGACGCCUGCUGGUGUUCAGACUGAAUUUAUCGAGACGCUGCGGACUAGGGAACAAGUCAGUCUAGGUUUAUUACUAGAUGCUGUCUUCGAGGAGCUCAUGUCUGGUCGCCGCGGCGGAGCUGCAAGGGAGUUGCCAGACGUGAAUGCCUUGUACACAUUUUUGAUGGGCCUACACACGGGGUUGAACGUCAAUCCCAUGUUUGUGCAAGAUCCCACGGCAACAGAUGGUCGUUCCAAUCUCAUUCCCGGGCUCUCAACCCGUCCUGGGGGUUUUGAGAACACUAGGGACAUGAAGCUGUACAGCACAUUCGAUGUCCCGCUGUUCCAUGGGUGGCUCCCCGAGCCGGGAUCCGAUGCUUACAUCGCAUUUGAACGUGUUGCCAAAACGUAUGACAGUGCCAUGAUUGUGCAGUUUCAACUGGAAGAACUUGAUGCAAAGCUCUCCGAAGGCGGCUUGAGCCCCGACGAGCAACAGCUUUUCACCGAUAUCCACGCAAUCAAGGAAUUCCUUGAUCGAUGGCAAAGCCAGUUAUCUGAUCAUGGCCUGCGAACCAUCCGAGAGGCUCUCAAACCCGGCCAAGUGGCAAUUCUUUUCAGAAACGAUCACUUCUCAACUUUGUAUAAGAAUCCACAUACCAAUGAGCUCAUGACUCUGGUCACUGAUCAAGGCUACUCGAGCCAUGAUGAGAUCGUUUGGGAGUCUCUGGUUGAUGUCAAUGGCCGAGGCAGUGAAUUGUAUUCUGGUGAUUUCCGCGCGGUGGGUAAUAACACAAAUCCUCAAAGACAGCAACACCAGCAGCCUGUUCAAAGCCUACUUGACAUCGAUGAUAAUCAAGGUUGGACAACCGUCAGCAGCCAGCGCCGCAACAAUCAUGGUGGAGCAACGAUUGCAUCUAACGAAGCGGCCCCUACUUCCACAGACCACGAAACCAACAGAACAGAGCAAGAGGACCACGACUUAGCACUUGCUCUCCAGUUGCAGGAAGAGGAGGAGGAUCGUCAUCGUCGAUCUCUCGAGGAGAGAAGGCGGCGCGGAAGCCAGGGUGCUGCGACUUCUGGUUCUUCUGGUCGACGAGCUUCGCGAACAAACGAGCAGCCGCCGGCGAUCCCCCCUCGCCGGAGCAAUAUGCAGCAGCAUCGCCCAACUGGCGAGGCAGCACCGCCACCAACUUAUGAAGAAGCCGCAGUGCGACCCGCAUAUCACCCUCCCCAGGGCCAUCCGGCGAACGCGAACACGCCUAUGCAAGCCCAAGGAAGCGCAUACCAAGCGAGUAAUGCACAAGGUGGACGACGCCCAGCAAACCGGCCGAACAUGGGCAACCCACAACUUCCCGCUCGGCCAGGACGACGACAGAGCGCAGGCAUGGUAGGACCGCAUGGGCAUGAGGAUAGAGACAAAUGCAUCGUCAUGUAACCUGGGCAUUUCUUUAUCAUUAGCAGCAAAGCACCCAUCUCAUCAUAUUUUGGCUGAUUGUCAUUUUAUCUCAUCUUCUCGAGAGAGCGUGUUAACAUUUUCUUUCCACGUUCGAUGAUCAGGCGUUUUGGCGAUGUUACUUUUCAUUCGCGGAGGUUUCGACCCUGAUUAUACCCUGUUAUUUCUUCUGCUCGAUUGUGCGUGUAUUUUAUGAAGUCAUUCUUACAACAUUUGCCUACAUUUUCACACCAUUGAACUCACAACUCAAAGACGUACGAUGAAAUUACGUGCCUUUCUCAGUCUUGCAGUGUUUGAUAUAAGGAGCUGUGUGUUUUGCCAGCCUAUCAAGAAAAUAACUUGUUGAAAAUGCCUUUAGUGCGCUUAGUUAGUCAUCAAAAAGGGGUCAAGACGCUGUUGUGGAUCACUUCUCCAUCUUCCACACCAACAAAG